AGUUGGUAUUUGGCCGUAGCCUGGCUUGUCGUGUGUCGUGCGCGAUUUCGCUGUCGGCGCUGUAAUUUCGCGAGUUUUUUUUUUCUCUUGUGUUGCUUCAUGUUUUUUAAUUUCCACUUUCCUUCGGUGUUGACUUUUGUCUUGUUAAUUUGAGUUUCGUUCUCGUCGUCGUUUUUUGUUGCUUCGAUCGGUAAACACAGUUUACGAAUUACGUGUCCUGUUUUGUUGAGUUUUGCUUCUUCUAGUCGCGAAGCACUCUCCAUUUGGAACGUCGAUGACGAGAUAGUGUUCUACAGAAAGCAGAAAAAUCGCGAAAUAAAAGUGCAAAGUGGUAGUGGUUAUCUCGGACCAGCAUAAGUGCAAUAUGUGCAAAUACCAAAGUGUCCAAUAGUUGAUCAUUAUCGUCGGAGGCACAGCUGCACUGGCAGUCAUAUUCUGCUCAGUGCAAGAGUUGAGUGUUACAAAUCGUCGAUCGAGAUCAGUGCGUGACAUACCUGCUGUUGCAUGUUGCACAUACACUCACAGAAAUUGUGAAUGUGCAUAUAUAGAAAGUGCUUGAAGGCGAUUCCGGUUGGCAAAUUUAUCCACACGAUCAGCGAAACGAGGGAUCAAAAGGAAAAGAAGAGAAGCGGAAAGAGAAAACAAAAGUGACUCACGAAGAAUAACAAUCCACACUGGGUGGAGAGGUGGUGUUGAGAAAAACAAACAGUGAAUCAGCAAAAAGUUUCGUGAGCAAGCAAAACAAAACGAAAACAAGAAAAAGAGGAAAUUUGAAAACCGUGUGAUCGCAAUACUUGUUUAAUCAAAGUGCUAAAUAAAGUGACAAAAAAGAGUAAACAAGCCAGCAGGUUCGGUCUGCUGAUACCACCCGCAUAUCUAUCGAAAGCAAACCAACACACAAGCAGCGAAGAAAGAGUGAGGGUGAACAGAGCUUAAAACGCGUUUGUUAACUGGAUUAGUUGCUGCUGCUAGUGUUGUUGUCUGCGCGCUCACAAAGUCACACAAAGUCUUUGGCGAGACGCGUCGCGACCGGCGAGGUCAACGGAAUGAUGAAGCCGGUGCUUGGAUCCGACGUCUACGUUUAGCGGCAUUUGUCGUCCACCAGAGCAGCAGAAGCCAAUGAUUGUGCAGAACGUGACCACCGCGGAUCGUGUACCUCUUCUUUAUAAUCUCUGCGGUUGUGAGCUACUGUCGCUCGAUGCCAGCACCCGGGUGAUUGUGACGCCACAGUCAGUCAGUCGGUUCAUCAUCCCAGGCGAGGGAGCUCAGCGAUCGCAGCUGAUCGGAGGUCAUUCCGUACAAUAAAGCACAAGCACUCGUCGUCGGUGGAGAACUAAUUGUGAUAUUCAACGCGAGGAACAACAAAGUACAAAUUAAUUAACCUUAAUUAAUCGCAGGCGUGUGCAUCCCGGGCCAACCUCGUUGAGGGACGCAUACACGCUGGAGCAGCUUAGAAACGCUCAUUAAAUGGAAACUGCAAACAGGCUGCUGAUAUUGGAAAACGAGAAGCAGUUGGAGCAGCGAUUGAAAUGUAAGGACGACGGCAAGAAGAAGGUGAAGAAGAAGGUUGAUUUCAUCGGAGACGGUGCCAAGGUCGUCACGAUGGCAAAGGAUUCUGCCCCGCGGGAGAUCCCCACGACUCCGUUGACGGAUGAAGACUUUGAGAACAUUUUCGAGCGGUCCAUGCAGGACCUAGAAACGAUCCGAUCGGACUCGGACAGUGACUUUGGUGAUGAUCAUGGGCUUCCGGUGAAGAAGGUGACUACACCACCGAAGAAAAUACGGAAAAAGACCGUUGGGUCGUCCAGUGAUAGCAGUGUGAGUGACGUCGAGGAAGAUGUGUAUUCGUGGAUCGAGAACUGUCCAAAAUCUCCGAUGAGUCCUCGGAGAGCUGACUUUCCCGCGUUUGCUCACCCGUUGGUGCUUCCAUUUGCAGUGCGACGAAGGUUGUCCGAAUGUUUGGAAGAAGAUGAAGAGGAAGAAAAGGCUGCCCUGAAGAGCAACCACGGAACUCCACCAACCAAUGGAACCGCCCUCAAAAAGGAACCCGUUCCCGUCGGAGCCUCACCACCCAUAAACGAUAACCCCACAGCGACGACGGUCCGCAAGUCCCGUUUCAUGGUCACAAAGGCAACCGAAACGCCUCAACUCCGGCCAGAAUCCCUCAACCUGCGACCCAUGACGGCCGCCCAAAACUCCCAAACCAUCCAUUUUCCCUGCAGCCAGUUCACCUCCCCAACUAGCCGGAUGUCCCUGAAGAGUAUCUUCACGCCCGAGUCCCCCUUCCCCAAUCCACACCUGGACAAGCGCUUCUUCGACUCGUCGCUGGUCGAGAUCCGACCCGUCACUUCCAGUAUUAAUUCCGUGGCCGGAGCGUGCGCCUCCGAGGACGAAUCCAGUACGGCCACCACCACUUCAACAAGUACACCCGCCGAUGGCGGCAGCGCCAACCAUUGCAAAACCAUUCCAUUCGAGCUGGACGAGGUGUGGGUCAAGCGCAAGGACAGCGAACUUUCUUCACCCAGGCGAUCGACGCCGGCGUCCAAAGCCGCAACGCUACCGGCGGCAUCUUCGCCAAACGCCAAGAAAGGCACUCCGACCGACUCCGGUGAUGGUGGCAGCAGUACUUUCCAGCGGCCAUCAACGGCGCCGGCCGCAUCCUCGUCGUCUUCAACGGACUCGACGCGCUCCUCCAAGCGCCAGAAGAAAAGCGAGCGCGAUGAAAAGCAGGAAAAGGAGCAGAAGAAAAUGGCGGAAACGGCCCGGCGGCUGGAGCGCGAGGCGGCCAAGUUGGAGAAGUUGAAUCGCAAGCACGAGAACAUAUCUCGCAGCACGGAACGGGUCAGCGGAGGUCGGUCCGGAUCGUUGGAACGACGACGGAGUGGGGAUGAAGGUCCCGUGCUGAACCAAUCCACCGUGCAUGGUAUUGCCAGUCCAAAUCGCAGGCCGACUAUUUUCGACGUGUUCCGCACUCGCAAAGGGUCGGACUCAAAAAAAAAAGAUGAUUCGAGUAAAUCCGGCUCGGACAAGGACAGCACCAGUGGCAGUGGGACCAUCGGUGGAGGUUCCGGUGGCAUUAUGAACAGCAUGAAGGCGGCCCUGCAUGUGGGCGGUCGUCACAGUCACCAAACGGCAACGGCGACGCAACCGGCCAGCACUGCCACCGCGAAGGUGCGUGACGGAUCCGCCCAUCCCCAUGCAGGCAGCGAUGCACAGUACUACCACACGGUGACGGCGGUGCGGCGAGCCGACGCCGGCAAGUCUCCAAUGACAAAAGUGAUGGACCUGUUCAGGCACCGGUCCAACUCGGCAGUGUCGGAAGCGGACAAGCGCAAAGCGCGAGCUGCGGCACAACAUCAACAACAGCUGGCCGCCCAGACGGCCCAUAUGCGAAGGGCUUCGGCAGAACUUGCGGAACGUCGUCGAGCGUCGUUGGGUGCCAGCCGAGGGCUGCGACCAGACGGAACCCUAGAUCCGUACCACGCAGCCAUCCUGUUCCGAGAUUCGCGAGGGCUCCCCGUCGCAGAUCCCUUCCUGGAGAAAGUCAGCUUAUCUGAUUUGGAAGAGGACGAGUCGCAGAUCUUUGUCAAGUUCUUCCGAUUCCACAAGUGCUAUGACCUGGUGCCGACGUCGGCCAAGCUGGUCGUGUUCGACACCCAGCUGCUCGUCAAGAAGGCAUUUUACGCGCUCGUCUACAACGGCGUCCGGGCGGCACCCCUCUGGGACUCCAAGCGGCAGGAGUUUAUCGGCAUGCUGACCAUCACCGACUUCAUCAAGAUCCUCAAGAUGUACUACAAGUCGCCGCACUCGUCGAUGGACGAGCUCGAGGAGCACAAGCUGGAGACUUGGAGGAGCGUCCUGCAGGAGGAGGUGAAGAAGUUAGUUAGUAUCGGACCGGACGCAUCGCUGUACGAUGCCAUCAAAACGCUUAUCCACAAUCGAAUCCAUCGGUUACCGGUGAUUGACCCGCUAACCGGCAACGUAUUGUACAUAUUAACUCACAAAAGAAUACUUAGAUUCCUGUUUUUAUAUAUUAAUGAGCUACCAAAACCGUCGUACAUGCAGAAGACGCUCCGCGAGAUCCGGAUCGGCAGCUACGACAACAUCGAGAUCGCGACCGAGGACACCAGCAUCAUCACGGCGCUCGGCAAGUUCGUCGACCGGCGCGUGUCCGCCCUGCCGAUGGUGGACGCCGAGGGCCGGCUGCGGGACAUUUACGCCAAGUUCGAUGUCAUUAAUUUGGCCGCCGAAAAGACCUACAACGACCUGGACGUCUCCCUCAAGACGGCCAACGAGCACCGGAACGCGUGGUUCGAGGGCGUCCAGCACUGCAAGCUGGACGAAACGCUGUACACCAUCAUGGAGCGCAUCGUGCGGGCCGAGGUGCACAGGCUGGUCGUGGUGGACGACGAGGAGAAGGUGAUCGGUAUUAUCUCGCUGUCGGACAUCCUGCUGUACCUGGUGCUGCGGCCAACCGGCGACGGCAUCGGCAACUCGGAAUCCCUGCGCGCGACCGACCCGCGGCUGCACAAGUCACCGAGCAGCAAGCUGGGUGCGUCCCAGCGCGGGGACAGCAACGAAAGCAUCGAGGAGGAACCGGCCGACGAAGCUGGAGCGGCGGAGGCGGAGGGGGAGGAGGGCGCCGGCGAAAAGACUGAACCAGUGGCGGAGGAAAACGGUGAAGGGGAAGGGGAGGAAGUGGUUCCGCCUCCCGCCGCCGAAUCCCCCUCCCAGCGCAGUUCGAACGGCGGUUCGCCCGUCGCGGAUAUGUUGAACGAGGAGCAAAACGCCAUACGUGAUACACUAGCAGCAAAUGUCCAAAGAGAAGUCGGUUUGGUUAGCGAGUAAAUGCAAGUACGAGUACGAGAAAGGCUCCUGCAAUUUUAAUCACCGUUUGUUUGUUUUUUUUUUAAUCUCUAUCGUUCUUAAGUUGACCUUUUUAGCGAUGGGAAAAGUGUUUGUUAAACCUCUUUCUUUCGUGCAGAUUUAUGCUACCAAAGUGAACUUCAGCAAAGGGAAACAAGCAGCAUUCGCAAACUGAUAUAAAUACAUUUUUUCCUGUACAGACGACAACUUUUAUGUUUUGCAAUUCGUGUCUUGUGUGUUUGAUUCUUUUUUUGUAACUACUGAUUGUGUGAACGACGAUAUUAAAACAAAAAUGAAACGAAAACUGUUGUAAAAGAAGCACAUUGAAGGCCUUAUCAAUAUACAAACAUGAGAUAAAUAAAAGAAUAAAAAAAGCAAAAUGAUUCUAAUAUUUUUGAAAACGCCACUGCAAAAGAACGAAGAACGAGAGAAGCAUUGUGAUCAGAGUGCUGCUGAACUUCCUUUCCUGAGCUUCGAGACGCAUGUGAUUUCGAGUGGGGAAGCCAGAGUCAUCCAUUAUUUCAAAAAAUAUCGUUAAUUUCCCUCAAGCAUCGAGAGAAAGAGAGAGAGCGUGCGAGUAAAAAGUCGAGAAGAAACUAGUACAAACCAGGGGUGUGUAAAAAGCAAGACAUUGAAACAAUACAAUUUUGAACAUACAAGCAAAGCAAACCAAGUUAUUCAACGUGUGCGUAGAAAUUUUUCAGCAAACCGCUUACAGUUAGAAUAAUCAUACAUACCAAACAUGCUGUACUGCUAUGGAUGUAGUUAAAACUUUCUGUUUAGACCACACACCGACACACACAAACACAGUUUAAAUACAAAUAGGGAGCAACACAACUUUCGAGAGCAGACUUAACAAUUGCUUGUUUCGGGAGAAAAAAAAGGUUGAAAACACGAAACGAUGUUAGAUAAACCAAACAUAUUUCAAGAUAUCUAUUUAAAUUGAGAAUCCUAAACUAAACACACAGCUAGCGAUAAGCGAAAAACUUAUUAAGUAGUGUUGAAAACAAGAGCAAAUUAAAGCUGCUGCGGAAAGUGACCCAAUGUAAAUUAAACAAUUGAGAAAGAAAACAAAUCAAACCAAGUCACUCGCCGUCGCCACCGCCAGGUCGCCUAUUGCUACUAUUCGGUUAAUCGAUUAUCCUAUCGCGCUAGAGACAAAAGAAAGAAUUUCAUAUCUGUAAAUUAUUAUUUAAAACAAAAAAAACACAAAAUACGACCGAGGUCGAGAGUGAGUGGAAUUCAGCAACUAUUUUGUAUUGAGCGCGCGACAGUGCGAGCGAGAGAGAGCGAGUGUUGUGAGAAAGGAGACAAAAAGAUAUGGUAUGUACAUUAAACUGUUGAUAAUUCAUGUAAGGAAGAAUAGUGAACGAGAAACAAAAGAAAAA